AUGGCCCAAUGGAGAGAGGAGUAUCUGGCUGCCCUUGCAGUGCGGGACCAAAGGGAAAAGGCCAACUCUGCACUCUACGAUGCCUAUUCUCGGCUCGCAGAUCGCACUGCGCAGCUCACCACCCCCUUGGAUUCCAGCGCCGGCCCAGGUCAACUGAGGCCCUCUGGCCAUGAAGCUCGUACUGCUUCGCCUCCGGUAGCGACAUCCAAGAAACAGCCGACCGAGGGAUCUUCUGCGACCGACCUUUUAAUCACUACCCGAGCAGACUUGUCAGAGGCACAGCGAUCUCGCUCAGAACUACAAGGCCGUUUGGACAGAGUGAACACGGAGUACGAAAAACUGCGCAAAAAAAAUGCCCAAGAUAGCCGGCGACUCAACGCUCUGGACCACGAAAGAACAAAUUUACAGUUGCGCCUGAAAGAUAGAGAUGAAGAGCUCCGACAGAAAGCCAAGUUAUUGGAGGAUUUCCAAGACGAGAUAGCGACACUCAAUCUGCAGCUCAAUAUGGCCGAUGAGAAGUCAAGCAAACUUCAACGUGAGAAUAAGGAGCUAGUUGACCGCUGGAUGGCACGGAUGGGCCAGGAAGCUGAUGCCAUGAACGAUGCCUCGAAGUUCUCUUGA